UUUUAUUUCGUUGAUUCCCAUUUUCCUCCCCGGUGGAACAAUUUCUCUUCUCUCCUCUUUUCCCUGCCCUGCCCCGCGCCUGACUGGCCUCGACACGCAUCACUCCUACUCGAGUAUCCCCCGUCAACGGCCCAGACCACUGCUCCGUUGACCUCCUUGAUCUGUGCUCCCACGAGCUUAUUUCGAAUCUUCUGUUCUAUGCUGGCCAUUCACAGAAUUAUCUCAUUCAUUUCCUCUCGAUUUCUUCGAGGCUGUCCAUCCUUCGACUUAACGCGACCCGUUUGACACAUCGAUUGUGUCUUCUCCUUCGACCGGAUUCCUGACCGUCAAAAUGACGGCUAGAAUCAGAUCAGCUCAAGCGCCAGCCGCUGUACUCAACCAGGAGUUUUACAACUACAUCUUUGUCAUCCUUGCUUCUCUAACUGUAGCAUUGGCGCUCUGGAGGGUCGGCAUUGAAUCGGUCAAGUACGUACGAACCUUGACGUGCCUUAACAACGAAACACAACGAUAUUUCGCCAGACCUACAGGAACAUAUGCCAGCUUCAAGAAGCAUCUCAUCUACGCGCCUGUCCUAAGCAAGCGACACAACAGAGAGUUCAGGCUCUCAGCAGCUGUAAAUGUAGGAACCUUACCUACCCGACUGCAACUGUUGUUCCUCAUGUCAUACUUCGGGACGAACAUUGCAUUUUGCGUCGUCAGUAUUGACUGGAACCAACCAUUAAUCACGGCUGCCAAGGAGUUAAGGAAUCGAACAGGUGUGCUUGCCAUGGUCAAUAUGGUUCCGUUAUUUAUCAUGGCGGCUCGAAACAAUCCUCUAAUCAAUUGGCUCAAUCUGUCUUUUGAUACCUUCAACUUGUUGCACAGAUGGUUCGGAAGGAUCGUCGUCUUGGAAGUUCUGGCACAUGCCAUUGCAUGGGCAGUUUCUGAAGUCAGUUCAGCUGGUUGGUCCGGAGUUCAGGAAGCAAUUACGAAAGACCCAAUGAUUAUGUUUGGAUUCAUUGCUGUUGUCGCCGGCAUUGCAAUUGUUAUCCAGGCAAACUCAAUCUUCCGACAUGCGUUUUAUGAGGUCUUCAAACACCUUCAUAUUGCAUUGGUCAUACUUUCGAUAAUUACCAUUUGGUACCAUUUAAAACUGGCCGGUCUACCACAGAUAAAACUUCUCUAUGGCAUUAUUGCGAUCUGGGUUGCCGAGCGUGCAACUCGAGUGCUCAGAGUCGUGUACCGAAACAGAGGAGGCACGAAGGCAUUGGUGGAGGCUCUACCAGGGAAUGCCUGUCGCGUAACUAUCAAUCUGCCUCGACCGUGGACCUUCAAGUCAGGUCAACACGCCUACCUUUACAUGCCCAGCAUCGGAUGGUUGGCAUCACACCCAUUCUCAAUUGCCUGGUCCGAGGAAGUGGAGAAUCUCAGCGACGAGAAGCUAGCUAUGAACCGCCAGGAUAUAUUAGCGAUGCAACAAACGAGCAUGUCGUUUAUCAUACGUGCUAGGACAGGAUUUACCAACAAGUUGUUCAAGAAGGCGGAAGCCUCUCCUGAUGGACGCUUCUUCACCAAAUGCUUCGCUGAAGGGCCGUAUGGGGGAAUGCAUAUGAUGCAUAGUUAUGGCACAGUUGUGCUGUUUGCAGGUGGAGUCGGAAUAACACACCAAGUUCCUCAUGUGCGUGACCUUGUUGCUGGCUAUGCCAAUGGUACCGUGGCAGUCCGAAAAAUCGUUUUGGUCUGGAUCAUCCAAUCCCCAGAACACUUGGAGUGGAUCCGGCCUUGGAUGACUUCAAUCUUGGCUAUGGAUAAGCGCCGUGAUGUACUUCGCAUCAUGCUCUUUGUCAGUCGGCCCAGAUCAACGAAGGAGAUCCACAGCCCCUCGGCAACUGUACAAAUGUUUCCUGGACGGCCGAAUAUUGAUACUUUGAUAGACAAGGAGAUGGAGAACCAGAUUGGAGCUAUGGGUGUGUCGGUGUGCGGGAGCGGCGGCUUGUCAGAUGAUGUAAGGAGGGCCGUCCGUGUCCGUCAACAUGCUGGUAAUGUUGACUUUGUCGAGGAGGCGUUCUCAUGGUAGACUUUAGGGCCAUCCCUUAGGACGCAGGGAGGGCUUGGAUGCGAAUGUUUGGCUAUGGCUUUUGCCAAUCUUGGCCGUAACUACAGCACGCCUUUCUUUGGGCAAGCAUGAGUUCUUUGUACAUUUGUAGGGAUAGAGGU